AUGGUUCCAUCCAAGGUGCAGCGGGUGACCUUGGUUCCUGCUCUGUGCGGUGCAGCCCUGGCUAGAACGGCCAAGUUUGACUGCUCCAUGUCGGCCAUGGAGAGAAAACGCCGCAUCGACAUGAUGGCUGCCGACGGGGUGCGCAAGGCGAUCGACGUCGAAGGGCUUGAGUUCGUGCCAUUUUCUCCGUUUACCGAAAAGGACGACAGAACCUUCUUCAGCAAACGUCACCUGGCAGCUCGCCCGCCCCGACGACAACGCGAUCGGCGCUCAUAA